AUGGAUACAACUUCUCCUACAAGCAUUUCGGCCGAGGGCGACUCCAUCAAGAUCUUCCUGCGAGUUCGACCUCCUGACCCCAGUAUCAGUGAGAAUGACUUUGCGCCGAGAGUGCUGGAUGUCAACACAGCCGAUUGUGCCGUUAUUUUGCGGACAAAGCCAGAACCUAAGGUGUUCACCUAUGACAAUGUUGCCGACGCAGAUAUCACCCAGGAGGCUGUAUUUUCUAUUGUUGGCAAGAAAAUUAUAGAGAGCUGUGUGGCUGGUUAUAACGGUACAAUCUUUGCCUAUGGCCAGACGGGAUCAGGAAAGACAUUUACCAUGCUUGGUCCGUCAGAGAAUUCGGAAAGCUUCCAGCAUGAACUGCGUGGGGUCAUCCCUAGAAGUUUUGAGUACUUGUUCAGUCUCAUUGCACAUCAACAGGAGCUGCACGGCAGCAAAAAGCAGUUCUUGUGCCGCUGUUCUUUCCUGGAAAUCUACCAAGAACAAAUAUUUGAUCUCCUGGAUCCAGCUUCACAAGGUCUUCAUUUACGGGAAAAUAUGAAUAAAGGAGUCUUUGUAGACGGGCUCAUUGAGCAAGUCAUCUGUAGCCCAAGUGAUGCUUAUCAGGUGCUGAUUAUGGGUUGGUUGAACCGAAGGGUGGCUGCCACUUCCAUGAACAGGGAGAGCUCACGUUCUCACGCUGUAUUCACUGUCAUGAUUGAGUCCAAGGAAGAUGCUGGCGGCGUUCAGAAUAUUCGAACUUCACAACUGAACCUGGUGGAUUUGGCUGGGUCAGAGCGACAGAAAGAUACCAACACUGGAGGCACCCGGCUAAAGGAAGCAGGCAGUAUUAACAAAUCCCUCUCAGUUCUGGGGAAUGUGAUUAUGUCCCUCGUUGACCUCAGCCACGGCAAAAAGCGACACAUUCCAUACAGGGACUCCAAACUGACGUUCUUGUUAAGGGAUUCUCUUGGAGGCAAUACCAAGACUAGAAUGAUUGCCUGUGUACACCCCGACUCCAGGUGUUUUGGAGAAACUCUGUCUACAUUAAAUUUUGCCAGGAGUGCAAAACUGAUCAAAAACAAGGCUGUUGUCAAUGAAGAUGUCCACGGAAAUAACCAGAAACUUCAGAAUGAGAUUCGCCGUCUGAAAGAAAUGCUGGAAAGUUUACAGAAUACCCCAGGUCAUGACCCUUCACCUUGUGAUCUGAAGACAUUGAACAGCAUUGACUCGGAAUGGAAGAAGAACUUUGUUGAUGCCAUGUACUUCAGGGAACAGUCUGACAAUGAAAAAAAGGCUCUGCAGGAUGUGGUCAACCAUCUACAAGAACUGUGCAACAAGAAGGACACCUACAUCCAGUCUACUAAGAUGAUUAUAAAGUUCAGAGAGAAUCUUAUCCAGACCCUUCAGCAGUCUUCCAGAACAUUCUCAGAUGUAGAAAAGGAUUCACUAGUGAAGUGCCUGCGAGAUGAGAUCAAAGUGCUGCGUCAGCAGCUUGAGAACAACCCCAUGCUGGCCAAGUAUGCUGGUGAGAACAAGCACCUGCGCAGUGAGCUGAAGCGCCUUCGAGCACGAGAGUCCUUGGGAAAUAUCCACAAUGAUGUGACUAGGAUCGCUGAACUGGAGAGAAUGUUCAAGGAACUGAAGCUUUUUAAAGAGCUUAGCACAGGCAGCCCAUGUGGUGGCCUGCGAGGAUCUCCACUAAAAGAUGGUUUGUCAGUUGCUGCAUUAGAAAAACACAGACGGGAGAUCAAGCAGUUGCAGGAGACAAUAGAAAAUUUGAAGCAGCAACACAGCGAUAUGCUGAAGAAUGCUGAUAAUCGUCAUAUGGAGCUGGAAGUUGAGCUCGUCUCCUGUCGUAAGAUGAUUGCAGAACUGGAGCGGGUCCUGGAGGCUCACCAGCUGAAGGCCAGGAUCGAAUGUAAUGCCCUGAAGGACCGGCACUGCAAGACUUUGAAGGUGAUGACUACCCCAAAGAUGGCUGGCAGUACCCCAAGUACCCAGGACCAGUCUGUGGGGGAUGUCUUUGACCUGGAACCUGGCAUCACUGACUGCAUCCUCCCAAAGGAUUUGGCCGAAGGGGCGCAUGAUGCCCUUAUGGAAGAGAUCCGGACAUUGCAGAUGGAGAAUGUUAAACUGAAGGAGCGUGUAGAUGAGUAUGAGGCUGACAUGUUACGUCAGAGGCAGCAGGUGGAGAAACUGGAGCUGUACAACACACAGUUGUCUGGGGUACUAGAAAAGGAGAGAGUGGAAAACACAGCCCGAAGGAAUGAUUACACGAGUGCUGUCAACACCCUCAAGGAAGAGAUUGACACAGUGAAAAAUGAUCUUAAAUUGUUAAACGACGAGAACACAGACUUACACCUGGUACUGAAGUCGGCAGACAAACAGCUCAAGGAAGAGAAGGAAACCCACAAAGCUGCACAACUUGGUCUCUCACAGGAAAUCCAGUCACUAGAAAAUAAGCUUUCAAAGGCCAAUAUAGAUCUGGAAACCACCACCAGAGACUACGAGGAUGCACUGAAGGAGCUUGGAGCACUGAAAGAAGAACUGGAGACUGCUCAAGUAACGAUUUCAUUUAUGGAGAAUCAUGCUUUAGAGUUGGAGGAGUCCCGCAACCAGGAGAUGAGGAAGCGAGAACGGCUGGAACAGGAAUACAGGGCCCUGAAGUCAUCGACGGGGGAGCUGGACAGCUACAGAGAGUACAAGGAACAAGCCAAGGCCAGCAUGGACUUCAAGGAAGCUGAACUGGAGGCUGUUUUAGCUUGUAAAGCUGAACAGGAAAAGAUGAUUGUCCAGCAGGAGAAGAUCAUUGAAGACAACAAGGAAAUGAUUUCCAACUUGAUGACCAAGAUGCAUGAGAUGAAGACCAGCUUGGCAGGUAGUGAGGCCUCCAACAUGACCCUCAGGUCGGAGCUGGAGAACUACAGACAGGAGCUGGAGGAGCUCAAACGAGAGCAGGAGGUCACAUCAGCAGAGCUGGCUUCCAGUCUGCAGGAGCUAGCCAACAUGAGAGAAGGAUACGAGACUGAGCUUGAGAGGAAGAACUUUGAAAUUGCUAAUCUGCAAGAAGACCAAGACAGCAUGAACAAUACUGUGUUCAGACAGAUGGAGACGAUCACAAGUCUACAGACACAGAUUGGAGCUCAGGAGAUAAUUAUUCAGGAGAUGCAAGUUUGCGUGGAAGAAUACAAACAUAAGCUGGUGGGGUCUGAACAGAGUUUGCAUGAAACCAUACAGAGGUACGAAGAGCGACUGCGGGAAGUCAACAGCCAGGAUGAGAAUGCUGACAGCAUCAAGAAAAAGCUGCAUCAGAAGAAUAUUGAACUGGAAUCACUUCAUCAGAGCCAUAAGAAGCUCAACUUGAUGCUGCUGGAGUAUGAACAGACCAGGAAGGAGAAGAAUGAGGAGUACAAACAUCUCAAGAUGCAGCUGGCAGAACAAGACAGAUUGAAGGAGAGUUUGCACAAGAGCAGACAGGAGGCCGAGGAGCUUCAGUUGAUGCUGAACUCGAUGAAGUCCAACAACAGGGAUGUUGUGAAAUCUUUGGAAAACUCACUCAAGGAGAAAGAAGAACAACUGAAAUGGGAGCAGGUGCACAAGAAAUCCAUGGAGAAUGAGUUGUCUCAGGUUAAAGAACACAAUCAGUCCCUGGAAGAAUU